AUGGAUCUUAAUGAAGUAGGCAACACAGACAUCGUAGAAGGAAACUUGAAGCUUAUUUUAGGUUUAAUAUGGUCACUUAUCUUAAGGUAUCAGAUUGGAAGGACGAAUUUCCCACCAAAAAAAUUGAUGUUGUCAUGGCUUCAGGCAGUUUUGCCUGAUCUGCAUAUUUCAAAUUUUACCUCAGACUGGAAUAGCGGAAUUGCCUUGAGUGCUCUGCUAGAUUACUGCAAACCUGGAUCGAUUCCUCAUUGGAAGUCCCUGAGCAUUAAAAAUAGUGUUGAAAAUUGUCGAACUGCCAUGCAUUUGGCUCGUGAUGAAUUUGGAAUUCCAAUGAUUCUGACACCAGAAGAUUUGGCUAGCCAUAACUUAGAUGAAUUGUCAGGAAUGACUUAUCUAUCAUAUUUCAUGAGAGAUGAUAGUCCUGGAUAUAAAUCUACUUUAAGCUGGGUUCAGAAACAACUGCCUAUGUUUAAUAUUCAAAAUUUUACUACUGAUUGGAAUGAUGGACUUGCUUUAUGUGCUUUAGUAAGAGCAUAUGGUGCCAAUAUUCCUGAGUAUACUGAACUGAAACGUGAAAGAUCAUUUUGGGAACAAAAUAUACAGCAUGGCAUACUUGGUGGUGAAAGCUUAGGUAUUCGUCCCUUGUUAAAACCAAAAGAACUUUCAGAUCCUGAAGUGGAACAUUUAGGAGUGAUGGCUUACAUUGCACGCUUUCAGUGGAUAAAACCACAAAAACGUCCUCAGGAUAAAAUCAGCAUAACUGGACUCAAUUUGAACAAUGUUCAUGUGGACAAACCAGCUCAAUUUAAAAUAAAUUUUCUGGACACAAAUAUUGAAGAAAGAAAAAUUAGAACAGAAGCUCGUUUCCAAGGUAAAAAAGUUGAUUGCCAACUUACAUUCACAAAAAAUGGAGGGAGCGGAUUUUUUGUGCCGAGUGAGGUUGGAAUGCAUGAGUUAGUUGUGUAUUACUCUGAACAAGUUGUCACUGGAUGCCCUUUAUAUGUUCGGGUGCAUCCUGAUAUUUCAAAGAUACUUUAUUCUGGAAUAGAUCCCUGUGCUUUAGGGUCAGUUGUCGAAGUUCUGAUUAACUCUAAUGGAGUGGGAGGUGGAAAUGUUUUGGUUGAAGCCUUGUCUCCAUCUGGAAAGUUGAAAAAGUGUACUGUUGUUGAAAAUAAUGGGGUUUAUACAGCAACAUUUACGCCAGAUGAAAUAGGUGAAUGGAAAAUCAUUGUGACUUAUGCCAGUGAACACAUUCAUGGUAGCCCAUUUACUUGCUAUGUAUAUGAUCCAAUGAAUGUUAAGGUCCAAGGACUUGGUCCUACCAUCAAAGACAAGGAUAAAUCAUUUAUCAUAGAUGCAAGUACUGCAGGUUGGGGUGAAAUGAAAAUAGAAUUACUUCAGAAUUCAUAUUCUGUUCCUCUUCAAAUUGAUCAGCAAGGCAAUGGAAUUUAUAAAGUCACAUUUUGUCCUAAGACUUGUGGACGAUAUAGUUUAAAUGUAUCAUUCAACUCCAUUAACAUUAAAGGCUCACCAUUUAGUUUUAAAGUUGCUGAGAAUGACAAAGAUUUGAAAGGGAGUGACAUUGAAAGCCGUAUUGAGGAUAACAGGUUAAAGAAAGAGAAGUUUGCUCCUGCAAAAGAAGUUCAGAGAAAUCAUAUUUCUUUGGAUGGAACAAGUUUUGGACAAGCAAAGCAUAAUGAAAGUCAUUAUACCAAAGAUGUUAAUAAACAUAUUAAUAGCAAAAUAUUUUCCAGCAAAGACAAUAUUUACCAAGUUGUAAAUACUAUCGAAAAGAACUCAAAUAAUAAACCUGCAUUGAAUUCUUACUCAAGUCAAGAAAAUUUAAGCUUUACUCAGAGAGCAGAGCUAGUAAAUAGCAAACUAAUGGCUUAUAAAGAUGACAACAAAAGAAAUAGAGCUCCUGCACCUCCUACAGCAAAAAAACCUAGUUCUGCUGAUAUGAUGUCAAGUAACUGGUCAUCAAAAGAAGUGUCUAAAAAUGAAUCAUCCAAGCAGACAUCAAUUCAUGAAAAUAGUCACAUUUCUUCAGAUAUAUCAUUAAAUAAUGUAAAUCAUAAUGGCGGCUUUCAAAAAAAUUAUUCAGAUCCUUCUGAAGGCCAAGGUGCCAAGCCAAAAGUUUAUAUGAAGAAAAUAAAAGAUAGUAAGGAAAUAGACAGUACAAAUAUAAAUACAAAUGGUAAAUUAGAUAUAAAUGACUUUUCGUAUUUCCCAUCAUCAGUGAAACAUAAAAAAGAUGCCAUAGAUGUUACCCAAAUUGUAGCUGAAGGGGAGGGUUUGAAGCUUGUUCCUGUAAAACAGCCUACUACAUUUACUUUAUAUGCUCCAUGGUUGAAACAAGAUGAUGUGCAAGUCACUGUGACAGCUCCAUCAGGAAGAGAGAUUCCAUUUCGACUAGAAUAUGUUAGUCAUGGUAAAUAUCAAGUAGAAUACAUUACUCCAGAAGUGGGAGAGCAUACUAUUGAAAUAACAGUUGCAGGAAAACAUCUUGUGGGAAGUCCAUUUCACUGUUUUGCUUAUGAUGCUUCACAAAUAAAAGUAGGAAAAAUACCAAAUGGAACAAUUGGUAAACCUGUAGAGUUUGAGAUUAAUGGAGCUGAUGCAGGAUCUGGAAACUUAGAAAUUCUUGUUAACGGUGGCCAUGUCACGAGCAAUGUUAAAAGCCUUGGAAACCACUGUUUUCUUGCUUCCUUCAUUCCUCAUUCUGCUACUACACAUACCAUUGAAAUGAAGUUCAAUGGUCAUCAUGUUCCAGGCUCUCCUUGGAAGUGUGAAGUUAGUGAACAAGGUAAAAAAUUGUCUGUUCGAGGUGAAGCUCUUAAAUCUUUCAGCACACGCCAGCCUGCAUCAUUUGAAGUUACUGCUAUUGGUUGUAGCAAAGAAAAUAUUAAAGUCAAUAUAUUUGGACCAACUAAAACCACAAUAGUGCCAAAAGUUAGUGAAAUAGGGGGAGGACUAUAUAGAGUAGAGUUUAAUGCAUUUGAAGUAGGGAGUUACUCUAUUGAUGUCCUUGCUGAUGGGCACCAUUUGCCUGGAAGUCCUUUCUUGUCAAAAGCAUAUUCUUCUGCUCAAAUUCAUGUUUUGGAUAUUCCUCAGACAUGUUUAGUGGGUCAUAAUUGCCAAUUCCAAGUUGAUGCUUCUCAAGCUGGUGAAGGUCAACUGGAAAUUUCUGUCAAUGAUGGUAAAGUGCCAAAUCAAGUUCAGGUUCUCGGAAAUGGCCGAUGUCUUGUGAGCUUCCGCCCAGAUGCUUCAGGCCCACAUACAAUUGAUAUAAGAUUCAAUGGUGAAAAUGUGCCAGGGUGCCCAGUUGUAGUGGAAUCUACUGAAUCGUCCCAUUCAUUUGAAAUUACAAGCCAAGAUCUAGUUCCAAUCAAUAAAGUAGCACAUUUUAAUGUUAAUGUAAAAGGCGGACGAGAAGGAGAUCUGAAAAUUUCUUGCACUUCUCCAAGUGGGCUGAAAACUCCUGUAAAACUAUUUGCUGAUCCAAAAGUUGGAUUCAUAGGGGAGUUUUUACCAAAAGAAGUUGGUCCUUACUUAUUUUUUUUCGAAUAUGGAGGAAGAAAAGAUGGAAAUUCUCCGUACACAAUUAAAGUUUAUGAUGCAUUACAGGUUAAAGUGAGCAAAAUUAAUGAUGGUAUUUUAGGAAAGACAUAUCAAUUUACUGUUGAUGCUAGUCAUGCUGGUGAAGGUAAUUUGGAAAUCACGGUGAGUGGACAAGGGCGCAAUAUUCCAACACAAGUUCAUCCCUUAGGGAGUGCAAAAUUUGCGGUUUCUUUUGUGCCUUCUGAACCUGUCGACCAUUUCAUCAGCAUAUCUUUUAAUAAAGAGUCUGUGCCAGGGAGUCCUUUUAAAGUGAAAUUAGCAGAUUCUUUCAAUAAAGUGUCAGUUUCUGGUUCAUGUCUUGUUGCUUCUGCAGUUAAUAAGAGUGCAAGUUUUGUGAUAUUUGGGGUUUGCACGGAGGAUCAGAAUGUUUCUGUUGAAAUUUUAGGAGCUGAUGGAACUGCAGUGCCAUUUAAAAUGAAAGAUUUAAGUGAUAACUCUGUAAAGGUGGAAUUUACACCAGCGAAAACUGGUGAAUAUUUCAUACAUGUUCUGUUGAAUGGAAAUCCAGUUGGUGAAAGUCCAUUUGUCACUAAAGUUUAUGAUGUUAAGCAAAUCAAAGUAAAAGAUAUACCUAAAGGCACUAUAGGAAAGCCUGUGACAUUUAUAGUGGAAACCUCAAAUGCUGGGCCUGGUAAUUUGGAAGUAACUGUUAAUAAAGGACAAGUUGCUACUGUUCCACAAGCUCAAAGCCCAACACAAUAUGCAAUUUCCUUUACUCCUUUAGAAGCAAAACGGCAUAUUAUAGAUCUUAGAUUCAAUGGAGAAUAUGUACCAGGAAGCCCAUUUGAAUGUCAUAUCACUGAUUCUUCAAAAAUUAGAGUAAAAGGUGAUGGUCUGGAAAGAGUUCCUGUGAAUUGUCCUGUGUCAUUUGUAGUUGAUACUGGUGGAGUAGAUGUAGGUGAAGUUCACUGUUCUGUUAUUGGUCCUAACCAGGCACCCAUUAAGUGCUACAUUCAUGGAAAUUAUCACAGUGGAUACAGAGUAGAAUAUACUCCAGUUGAAGUCGGAGAUCAUGCUGUGGAUGUGCGUGUAGAGGGUCAGCCGGUUGCUUCAAGUCCGUAUCUAGUUAAAGUAUAUGAUUCAUCUCGAGUUAAAGUUACUGAUAUUGGUUCUGGUGUUGUUGGAAAGCCUAUUUAUUUUAGCAUUGAUGCUAGUCAAGCUGGUGCAGGAAAUUUAGAAAUUAUUGUUUCAGUGGGAGGAAGAAAUGUCCCAAAUUAUGUUCAGUCUGAAGGCAAUGCAAGAUUUAGGGUUAAUUUCAAGCCAACAGAAGCACAAACUCAUACUUUAAGUGUCAAAUUCAAUGGGGAGCCUGUUCCAGGUAGCCCGUAUUAUGUAAAGGUUACAGACAGCAGCCAAUCUGUGGUGACUGGUUCAUCUUUACGAAUGACAUCUCUUUCUCAAGGAGCUCACUUUACUGUUGAUACAAGAGGAUUUGAAAAUGGUGAAUGUAAAGUAGCAGUUACUGGUCCAACCAUCAAAAAUGUUCCUGUGAAUGUCAACAAGACAUCAAGCACAACAUUUGAUGUUAGUUUCAGCCCACAGGAAGUUGGUCCUCAUCAAGUUUUAGUUACAUUAGAUGAUGUUCCUUUACCUGGAAGUCCAUUUACAUGUAAUGUUUAUGAUGUCUCCAAAGUGAAAGUUUUCAAAUUAGUUCCAGGAGCUGUUGGGAAGCCAUGCACAUUCCAAGUUGAUGCCUCACAAGCUGGUGAAGGAACACUAGAACUUGUUGUUACUACUCGCAAAUCUUCAGUUCGAGCUGAAGUUUCAAUGAGGAGCAGAGGAUUAUAUGAUGUCACUUUUGUUCCACAAGAUAAAGUGUCACAUUAUGUUAAUAUUACUUUUAAUGAAGAAGAUGUCCCAGGCAGUCCAUUUAAAAUUGAAGUCAAUCAAUUUGCUAAAGGACAGCAUUCGGUGACGGCAAAUGGAGAAGGUCUGAAACAAGGGCUUGUUGGCUCGAUGAAUAUAUUUGAUAUUGAAACAAAUGGUAUUGAGGGGGACAUUCAAGUUAAACUUACAGGACCUAAUGGUACGGCUAUUCCAAUGUCUGUUGUGAAUAUGAAGCAUGGAGUACAUCGAGUUGAAUAUCAACCUCAUGAAAUUGGAACAUAUAAAGUUGAAGUACUGCAUCAAGGCAAUAUGAUCUCAAGUAAACCUUUCCUUGUAGAGAUAUGUGAUCCAAGCAGAGUGAAAGUUGUUGAUGUUGAAGAUGUUGAUGUAUCAAGAGCAGGAAGAGGCACAUUAAAUGUAUCAAUCACAGCCUCAGGACGUGAUGUAAAAUAUAAUUUGAGAGAGCUUACACCAGGAACCUUUGAAGUUUCUUACGUUCCUCAUUCUGAUCAUCCUCAUAAAAUUGAUGUCUAUUAUAAUGGUCAUCAGGCUCCAGGAUGUCCACAAAUUGUCGAAAUUAGAGACCCAAGUCAUUCUAUUAUUGCUCAUGGAUCCGGUUUAAAAUCUUCACCUGCUGGAAAAACAGCAUCAUUUUUUAUUGAAACUGGAGGGUUUGGUGAAGCUAAAGAUUUUGAUAUUAUUGUUGUUUCUCCUCACGGUUCACCUUUACCUGUAAAAUGUUAUCAACAAAAAGAUGGCAGCUUGCUAGCUGAAUGGCCUGCUCAACAAGCUGGUAGCCAUAAAGUUGAAGUGUUGUACGCCGGUAAACCAAUAGCUGGAUCGCCGUUUUCUUGUCAAGUUUUUGAUGCUUCAAAAGUAACUCUGCAGAAAAUAAAAAUGACAACUUUUGCUGUUGGAGAAAAUAUUUCUUUUACUUUAAACCGUCGAGAUGCUGGAUAUGCUGAGUUAGAUGUGACAGUUACAAGUCCAUUAGGUAGACAUUUACCUAUUGAAGUAAAAGGAACAUCUGAUGGAGAAGGGGAAUUGAUUGAAUUUACUCCAACUGUUCCAGGGAAGUACAAAAUUGCUAUCACUUAUGGUGGCAUUGAAGUUCCAGGUAGUCCAGUCACUUUCAUUGCUCAAGAUAGUGGUUGUCCGAAAGUUGAAGGAACAGGAUUGACAGCAGCUGAGGUGGAACAAGUAGCUUCUUUUAAAAUUAUUGCCAAAGGUUUAUGGGGGAGUCCGCAAGUAACUGUUGAUGGACCUGAAACUGAAGCAGAAGUUUCAAUUGAAGAAGAAGAGAGUGGUGUAUAUAUAGUUAAAUACAUUCCUGAAGAGACAGGAUUAUUUGACAUAAAAGUAUUAUGGAACAACAAAGAAAUUCAAGGAAGUCCGUAUCAUCCACGAGUUGUAAAUCUUAACAAGAUGCGCAUUAUUGGUGGACUGGAAAAUUUAGUUGAUGAACAAAAUCACAUUCCUCUAAUAGUAGGAGAAGAAAAACGGAUUCCUUUUGAAGUGUCUGAUGCGGGACCAGGUAAACCUAAAGCUGAAAUUAGGGUAGUACAAUCUGGAUUAGUAGUACCAUGUAAGUUUGAACAGACUGGUAGCCAUAGGUAUCUUCUGCAAUUUACACCAAAGGAAAAAGGAGAGCAUUGCAUUUAUCUUUAUUUUGCCGAUCUUCCUCUUCCCUUUUCACCUUUAUUUUCAAAUGCGGAAGAGCUUCCUCCAGCACCAGACCAUACCAGAGUUGUUCUUAGAGGACAUGGCCUUACAGGUUCAAAAGUUGGAGAAGAAGCUGAAUUUGUUAUUGAUGGUUCUGAAGCUGGACCAGGUUCACCUGAAGUAAGUCUGGCUGGUGUUAAAGCUGACAUUCCAGUUCAAAUAUUGUCUAUUGGAACUAAUAUAUACAAAGUAUUAUACACCCCAAGUGUUCCAGGAGCUUACUUAUUAAAUGUAAUGUGGUCUGAACGACAAGUUAAAGGCUGUCCUUUGAAAAUAACAGUUACUGCUGCGUGUGAUUCACAGAAGGUAGCUUGCUCAGGAGAUGGAUUGCGUGGUGGAACUGUUGGCAAAGAAAUAAAAGCUUUCAUUGAUACUAGGAAAGCUGGUCCAGGAGAAUUAACAGCUCACUGCAUGGGACCACAUAAAGUUGCUUAUUGUGAGCUAUAUGAUCAUCGAGAUGGUACAUUUACUUUGUAUUUAAAACCUCAAGAAGGUGGAAGACACGUACUUACUAUAAAAUAUGGUGGUGAACAUGUACCAGGUAGUCCAUUUACCAUCCGAAUUGCUGGUGCACCAGAUGCAUCAAAAGUAAGAGUUUAUGGUCCUGGGAUUGAGCCUGGAGUCCUUGCUACAUACCAGAGCCGAUUCAUCUGUGACACAAGGGGUGCAGGUGCUGGACAACUUACUGUUCGCAUCAGAGGACCUAAAGGUGCAUUUAGGGUGGAAAUGCAACGUGAAAGUCAGAAAGAUAGAACUAUUCUCUGCAAAUAUGAUCCUACAGAGCCUGGUGAUUAUAGGUUGGAAGUGAAAUGGUCAGGAGAACAUGUUCCUGGUUCUCCUUUUAUGGUCAUGAUAUUUGACACACAGGAAGAGCUUAAUCAUUAUAUACAAGGGCAGUAUCAAGCCCAAAGUGGUGGUCCUCCUGCUUUACCACCAGCGGAUUAUUUUGGAGGUAGUUUAACAUACAGUACUGGUUUUGGUCAGAUGUCUUGGAGAGGAUCUACAGCCGAGUUGUAAAAUAUGAAGAUCUGUAACAAUUCCUCAUUCCAAUUCAAAGUGCCUUAUGUGUUUAAGUAAUUUUUAUUUAUGUUCAGAGACUUUUUUGAUAUCAACAAGGAUAUAUAAAAGCUAAAAUGUGGAUAGAAAAUUUACAUUCUAGCUUUAUAAGGAUAAGCAAUUGUAAUUCAUGCAUCUAUUAUAUGUACAUAUGGUUGAGUAGUUGAUACUUUAAAUUUUAUUCAUUUGAUGUUUUUUUUUUCUUUCAAAAUAUUUUAUAGCAAUGCUGCUAGUUUUUUGAUAUAGUUACCCUAUUUGUAAGAUAUACGAGGGGGGACCCAAAAGUAACCGGAUUUUUGUUCUAAAACAUUUAUAUAUUAGUUUAUCCACAAAAUUUCUUUAGUCUCCUUCAAAGCGUUCACCCUUAGAUGCAAUACACUUGUUAAUUCUUUUUUCCCACUGUAUGAAGCUCCCCUGGAUCUCUCUAACUUUGACCAUGUCCAGUGCCCUUUGGGAAGCAGAUUUUACAGCUUCUACAUCAUCAAAACGCUUCACUUUAAGAAUUUUUCAUCCUCGGGAACAGAAAAAGAUCACAGGGGGAUAGGUCUGGCGAAUACGGGGGUCGAGGAACGACUAGCAACCCUUGAGAGGCCAAGUAGCGGUUAAUAGUGAAGGCUGUGUGUGCGGGAGCGUUAUCAUGGCGAAGGAACCAUUCUUCCGAUCGCCCGCACGAGCUCCAACUCAUUCUUGUUUCUUCUAAAGUUUCGUCAAUCGUAAAACGACGACUCUCGUUGAUUUUUUGGCGAAUUUUUUCAACGUUUUCAUCAUUUCGAGAUGUUGAAGCGCGCUCAGAGCGAGCAUGAUCUUCAAUAUUCAUGCUACCACGUUUAAAGCGCCCAAACCACUCGAAAACUUGUGUACGGAUCAUAGAAUCGUUCUUGAAAGAUUGUUGAAGCAUUUGGUAAGCCAUUCCGUUGCCGACUUUUCAAGCAGGAAGCAAAAUUUCAAUUUUACAGUUGUUCUUUUUAAAUCUGCCAUAAUGAGUUCGCUGGCGGAAAGCUACACCUGAGAAAACCAACACUACGAUCAGACGUUAUCAACUAAACUGACGCCACUUGCACAACUGGUUUGUGAAGGUCUCUACUUGAGCCAUCUAGCUGGAGAACACUCUACUACAUCUAUGAUUGGCAUCGCACCAUUAGUCCGGUUUCUUUUGGGUCCCCCCUCGUAUUUACCUCAGUUGUAAUGUUGCAACUUCAGCAUUGACUAAUAUUGCAAAUUCUUCCUGGUGUUUGUCAAUAUCUCAACAUGAGCGCUAGUAGGAUGAAUAGUGUCCGUUUUUUUUUUUUUUUUCAUUUCAGGUAAAUUAAAUAAGUGCAUAUUUGCCAUAUAUUUUAAACAUUUUGAAUAUUAUGUUUAGUUUUCUUAAAUAAGUAUUAAUGAAAACAAAACUGCAGGUAAAGGUACAGGAUAAAUUAGUCGAGUGUUGGAAAAAGAUAAUUUAGCAAAAAAGUUUUAGUUUCUAAAUGCUCUGCAUAUUGAUUAAAGUUUGUUUCUUUUCUAAUAAUAAAAUUAUAGUUAUAAUAAUUAGUUUCCAAUGUAGUUUAUUUUAAACACGUAUUCUGUAUGUUCAAUAUCAUGUCUACUUUGUCUAAGUUAAGGAAAACAAGAACUUGUUUCACUCAUCAACAUUUAUGAUGAAUGCAAAAAGCCGGUAGUUUCACGGGGUGCCGGCAGAGGAUGCUAGGGGUUUCACUUGCAUUCCUUUGGCUUUAAAAGUAGUAAUAAUAAUUAAAAAAGAGUUGAAAAGAAAAAUAAAUGAAAUACUAAAUCAAUAUUCAUAUUUUUUAACUUUGCUUUGACGAUUCAUUAAUAUUAUAAACAAAUUAAUAUCAAUUCAUUUUAAAGAAGGGACAAUCUACAAAAUACUUAAAAACCUACAAAAUGCAUCACAAAAAUCUCAUCUUUAGGCCCAUGAGUGCGUGUAGCGAGGACAAAGGGUUGAACUCCCCCCUCAGCUUUAAAAAAUAAAACUUAAUCAGUUAAAAAAGAACAAAGUACAAAAUAUUUUUAAACUACAACCUUGAAAGAUAUUGAUCUCUUGUUUAUGUCUGUUAAUACCAGCAGGAGGGUGCACUUUCACCCCCCUGGCUUUUAGAAAUAAGUUUAAAUAAUUUAGAAAGGAUAAAAUACAAAGUACUUAAAAAACCCCCACAAAAUACAUCAUGAAAAAUAUUAAUCUUGCAUUUAUGCAUGAGUGCCAGGAGGGGUGAAAAAAUAAAAUUCAAUCAAAAAAAGACAAACUCCAAAAUACUUUUUAAAAUAUAGGAAUAUUACCAGAAAAUAUUAAUCUCAUGGUAAUGUCCACCGGCAUUGGCGGGCAAGGGGUGCUCUUUCAUAGCCUGGCUUUCAAAAAUAAGUGUAUUACAAGUAUUUUGUCCUUUUUUGAGCAAUCAAGAAGAUUGCUGAUUGAUCUCUUUAAAGAAAUAAAUCAAUCAACAAGAAAAGGAAAUUAAAAAUAAAGAAAUUUUUCUGGUGAUUUACAUGCAGGUGCAUCCACCCCCUUUCAUAUAGUUCUGCUGUCGUCCCGGUGUGAGUUACAUUGUUUUAAAUAAAGAAGGUAAUUUACUAUCAAUCAUACAAUACAUCUUAUUUACCACAAAAAAGUUUUUUUUAAUUUUUUCUUAUGAACAAAAAAGUCCUUUAAGGAUUGAAAUUAAUUGGUUUCGAUAAUUACUACUAAAUCCACAAUUAUAAAUAUUAUUACGAAUGAAUGUAUCUAUUAAUGUCUGUUUUCCUCCAUAAAUCAUAAACUUUUUUUCCCCUGUAUACAACAUUUUUUUCACUAUUUUCUAAUUUGUACAGAUAAACUGCAUGCACCAAGGUUGCUUGGUACUUUCAUUUUCAAAGAAAUGCAGAAUUGGUGAUGUACAUAUGCAUUCCACUUUUUCGUUUUAGAACAUGAUUGUGCAAUCCGGCCAUACCCAUUUUACUUCAUGCAUUUCAUUGAUGUUUCAUAAUUUGUUCUGUAAUUGGCAGCUUUCAUGAUAUACAUUUUAACACUAAAGGAAUCUCAUUUUUGAUUGUAUAAUAUUAUUUAUUUUAAUUUUUAUUAGUUUGUACAAUGUUUAACAAGACUCAAACUUUUAUUUAUUUAUGUCUCAUAAGAUUUCUUUAUUCAAACCAAUUGAAACAAAUUAUCACUUACAAAUGCAUAUGUUUUAUAAAAUCAUUAUAUUGGCUGAUUCGAUAUACUUUUACUUCUAACAUUUUAAAAUUUGAAAAA